AUGGCAAUGGCCUCAGAGCAAAGAGAACGUGCAGAACAUGCUCAAAACUGGCACGUUCUCACUUCCACCAAUGGCCAAAAUGAGUCCCAGAGUGAAAGGGCUGAAAAGCACGCCCCAUCCCUGGUGAGAGAGACUUCAGAGGUGUGUGCAAAGCGCACAGUUGUAGGAAGGGUUGACGAAUUGGAGCCAUUAAUCAGAUAUACUAAUACCCCACAAAGAUAUUGUCUUUCUGAAAAGAGAUACAUGCGAAAAGUAAACGCCUGCACACACGCCAUGCCCACUCUAAUACCUGAUGAGGAGGAACCAGUAGAGAACGGGAGAGACCCAACAUCCCCAGGAAGAGCUCCCCCAAAAGCAGAGCCCUCCCAGGCUCUGGGAAGGGUAGAUCCCAGCCGGGGUGGGGGGGUGGAAUAUGUCAAAGGGCACUUCUUCUACUAUGAUGAAACAGAAGCACAGAAAGUAGAAGUUGCUUGCCCAGAUCACACAGCUGUUCGGCUGCUGGAACUUUCUGCCUGGACACAUAAAGAGCCAGAAGGGAUCAGGAAGCCACAAGAAAGCCCUUCACCAAUAGGCCAGGCCACCUAUGUGACCAGUGCUGGGCAGCAUUGUUCUCCCUCCCUCCCCCGGCCCCGCCUCAUAGGCCCCAUCACCAUGGGAACUGAGCCAGCCAAUCAGAACAUCCAGUUUUCAAAGGGCAGCCUUAUAAAUUGAGUCACCCCUCCCCAGACAGGCCACAAGCAAUAUUCAAAGGCCUCCUAGGGCCCCCUCUCCCUGGAUAAACCAAUUCAGUUGCCCCCCAUUUUCCUCAAGGGAGAGAAAGGGGAGUUGCCUACCUUCAAAGCUCAGAAACAAGUGCCAAGCCUACAGUCACCCAGCUCAGUGCUCCACACCCACACACGGCCACACCAUGCAGAAGCGACUCAGGACCCCCUGAAAGUUUCUUGUAGUAACGUAGGAAACACCCAGAGCAGCGAGAGCCAUGCAUCGGGAACACAGCACCCCAGCCUGGAAGAAUGCAGUGACACCAGCCUACUGAACAGCGGGUACUCAGGGGAUGAGGAGAACAGUGAGGUCAGCUUGGUGCACAGUCAUCGAAUUUUGCAGUUGAAUAAGAGGCUCCGCAGCCAGGUGCUCAGCACACAGUCCAGCCAGCUGUCCUCCACAGACUCCCCCAGCCACAUAAAGAGCCAGCCCCACACCCCCAAGCAGACUGGAGGAAAAAAGUGA